AUGGGCGGCGGUAGCGGUGGCGGCAGGAGGAGCCGUGUGGGUGCGGCCGAGACCGGGGUCGGCGGCCCCCUGCUUCCGGAGACGCAGAGCGGCAUGUCUCCCCCUCCCCCUGGCGGCUCCAAUGGCCGCCGCCGCCAGCAGCGGCAGCAGGCGGUUUCGUCCAUGGAAUCCGGCGGCGAAGCGUCGGCGGCGGCGAGGAAGCGCUUCACCUGGAAGGGCCCGGUAAUCGUCCUAGUCUUCGAGCUGCUGGAGAGCAUCGCCUUCUCGGGCGUGGCGCUCAACCUGGUGGUGUACCUGGCCACGGUGCUGCACGGGAGCACCGCCUUCAACGCCGCCCACGUCGACACCUGGAACGGCACCACCUUCAUCGUCCCCGUCAUCGGCGCCUUCCUCGCCGACAGCUACUGGGGCAAGUACAGGACCAUCCUCGCCUCCAUCGUCUUCUACCUCGUGGGCCUGGUGCUCCUCACCGUGUCCGCCGCGAUCCCGUCGCUGCGGCCCGCCACGGCGUGCCAGAUGGGGGCGUCGUGCGCGCCGGCGACCAAGACGCAGUUCUCCGUCUUCUUCGCCGCGCUCUACCUCACCUCCGUCGGCACGGGAGGGAUCAAGUCCGCGCUGCUCCCCUUCGGGGCCGAGCAGUACGACGACGACGCCGACCGGCCGGAGCGGAAGCAGGCCUUCUUCAGCUGGUUCUUCGCCGCCAUCAACCUCGGCAUCUUCGUCGCCGGCACGCUCGUGUCGUGGCUGGAGCAGAACGUGUCGUGGGCGCUCGGCUUCGGCAUCGGCACGGCCUGCUUCUUCGUGGCCGCGCUCGCCUUCGUGGCGGGCACGCCCUGCUACAGGGUGCAGAUGCCGACCGGCAGCCCGCUCAAGGACAUCAUCAGGGUGCUCGUCGCCGCCUUCAGGAAGCGCAACGUCAGGAUGGAACGGGACGACGGCGCUGCGGAGCUGCUGCACGAAGACGACGCCAACGACGACGGCGAGCAGCAGCGGCUGGCGCGCACCAAGGGCCUGCGGUGCCUUGACAAGGCUGCCGCGAUCGUCGACAAGGCGCAGGAGGGCGAAUGGUCUCUGUGCACGGUGAGCGAGGUGGAGGGCGUCAAGAUCCUGGUGCGGAUGCUGCCCAUCUGGGUGACGUGCGUGCUGUACGCGGCGUCGCUGGGGCAGAUGACCACCACCUUCAUCCAGCAGGGGAUGGCCAUGGGCACGCGGCUGGGCGGGCGGUUCAAGGUGCCCGUGGCGUCGCUGGUGUCCGUGGAGGUGGUGUUCAUGCUCCUCUGGGUGGUGCUGCACGACGCCGCCAUCAUCCCGGCGGCGCGGCGGCUGACGGGGCGCCCCGGCGGGCUGACGCAGCUGCAGCGCAUGGGCGUGGGGCGGUUCCUGGUUGUGCUGGCCCUGGGGACGGCCGCGCUCGUCGAGAGGCGCCGGCUCCGCGCCAUCCACGGCGGGAGUGGGCCGAUGACCAUCGCGUGGCAGGUGCCGCAGUUCGUGCUGGUGGCGGGCUCCGACGUCUUCUGCGGGAUCGCGCAGCUGGAGUUCUUCUACGGGGAGGCCCCCGCCGCGAUGCGCAGCAUCUGCUCGGCCUUCUCCUUCCUGGCGUUGUCGCUGGGGUUCUACGUCAACUCGCUGGUGGUGACGCUGGUGGCGGCCGUGACGAAGCGGCCCGGAUGGCUGGCGCCGGACCUCAACGCCGGCCACCUGGACUACUACUUCUGGCUCUGGACCAUCAUCAGCGUCGCCAACCUGCUGCUCUACAUGGUGCUCGCCGCCCGGUACACGCCCAAGCAUGUCGCCGCCGCCGUGGAGCCGAUGCGUUCCAGCAGCAGCGACGAAUGA